AUGGGUAAAGUCGCCGCUGCUGUCUCGGCGGCCCUGCUGCUCGCCGGCAACGCCGCCGCCCUCGACCCCAUCGUCAUGAAGGGUUCCAAGUUCUUCUAUGAGAACGGCACCCAGUUCUACAUGAAGGGUGUUGCCUACCAGCAGGACACCGCCGCCGCCGGUGGUGAGUCCAAGACCGGAGAGUACAACGACCCCCUCGCCGACGAGACCGCCUGCAAGCGCGAUGUCCCUAUCUUGGCCAAGGCCGGUACCAACACCAUCCGUACCUACGCCAUUGACCCUACCAAGGACCACUCCGCCUGCAUGAAGCUCCUUUCCGAUGCUGGCAUCUACGUCGUCUCCGACUUGGGCGAGCCCAAGACCUCCAUCAACCGUGACGACGCUCAGUGGAACGUCGACCUCUUCACCCGCUACACCGACGUCAUCGACGAGCUCGCCAAGUACGACAACACCAUCGGUUUCUUCGCCGGUAACGAGGUCUCCAACAACAGGACCAACACCGAGGCCUCCGCCUUCGUCAAGGCCGCCGUUCGCGACUCCAAGAAGCACAUCAAGGACAAGGGCUACCGCUGGAUGGGUGUUGGCUACGCCGCCAACGACGACGCCGACAUCCGCGACAACUCGGCCCACUACUUCAACUGCGGCGACCAGGCCUCCGCCAUCGACUUCUGGGGCUACAACAUCUACUCCUGGUGCGGUAAGAACGACAUGAAGGGCUCCGGCUACGAGACCCAGGUCCAGUUCUUCAAGAACUACUCCGUCCCCGUCUUCUUCGCCGAGUACGGCUGCAACAUCCCCGACGGUGCCGAGGGCCGUAUCUUCCAGGAGACCACCGCCCUGUACCAGAAGGAGAUGACCGACGUCUUCUCCGGAGGUAUUGUCUACAUGUACCACCAGGAGGCCAACGACUACGGUCUCGUCAAGAUCAAGGACGGCAAGGCCACCACCAUGAAGAACUACGACGCCCUCGCCAAGAACGUCCUCGCUGCCAAGCCCGAGACCGUCCAGAUGGACUCGUACAACCCCACCAACACCGCCGCUGAGUGCCCCGCCGUCGGCUCCAACUGGGAGGUCAACGGCAAGGCCCUUCCCCCUACCCCCAACAAGUCCCUCUGCGAGUGCAUGACCAAGUCCCUGUCCUGCACUCCCAAGUCCGACCUCAAGGCCAAGGACAUUGGUGAGAUCUUCGGCUACAUCUGCGGCCAGGACGCCUCCGCCUGCUCCGGCAUCAGCGCCAACACCUCCACCGGUGUCUACGGUGCCUACGGCAUGUGCAACGCCGAGCAGAAGCUCGCUUUCGUCCUCGACUCUUACUACAAGAACCAGAAGAAGGCCAGCACCGCCUGCGACUUCGACGGCCGUGCCCAGGUCGCCACUCCCUCCACCGACGACACCUGCAAGACUGCCCUUGCUUCCGCCGAGGCCGCCAACUCCGUCGCUGCCACCGCCACCUCCGCUCCCGACUCCACCUCCGCCCCCAGCUCCAGCGCUUCUGGUAACGCCGCUGCUGGUGCUCAGUUCCAGCCCCUCUUCAGCUUCGGCAGCUUCGCCGUCGGCACCUACAUGGUCGCCGCCGCCGCUGUCGGUGCCGCCAUGGUCGCUUUGUAA